AUGUCUACUUCUAAAUUAAUGUAUUCAUCACCAGCACCAAAAACAUAGUCUGCAAUAUCAUAUGGAAGUGAUAGAGAUAGAGCUCUUUCACUUAGAAGGGCAAAAAUAUCUCAAUUAUCAGAAAAACUCUCCAAUCUCUAACAUUCAAUUGAUGAAGAUUAGACAGUAUAUCAUCUAUUCAUACUGAAUAGUUUAAAAAAGAAACUUUUGAAUAAAAGUUUAAAGUUUUCGAGGACAAAGCCAUAAAGCAGUAAUAAGGUGAUGAAUCAAAAUUUAAGUUAUUGAAGGAAUAAUUAUAAAAAGUAGAAGAACGAGGUUAAAAUGAAAAAAUUAUUAUAGAAGUAAAAAAGAAAAUUGAAUUAUAAAAUAGAAUGGAGAUGAAAAAUUAAGAACUAAAAUUUUAAUAUCUUAGAAUUAAAUUUAAGAAAAGAAAUACAAUCAGAAAAAAUCAAUAGAAAAGAUUAUGAAUAAAAAUUAUUAAAACUACAGAUGAAAGAGUCUAUAGUUUAAGACUAGAUAUAGCUAGAUAAAAAAAAUAUAGAGAAGAAAUAGAAGAAAAGAAUGCUUAAGAAAUUGGAGAUAGAAUUUUAUAAUUAUAGGAGGAUGUUGAAGAAAAAAGAAGAUUAAGGUAUAAAAUAAAAAUAAAUUUUAGGGAAGAAGGAAAUCAGGAAAUCAAUAAGUUAUAAAAAGAUUAGGAGAUUCAAUGUUGAAAUUAUAAGAAAUUUUAACAAUAGAAAAAAAAUAGAGAGAAAACAGCAUAAAGUUAGAUGUUCAGAAUGCUUGAUAAGAUGAAUUCUUAUUUGAAUGGAGAACUUAAUGCUGAAAAAAGUGAAAAAGAAGCUACAGAAGAGAGUAUUAUUAAUCUUAUUGAUUAAACAUGCAAUAGAGUUGAAAAUUCCUUAAGAAAAUGA